GCGCAUGUUGAAAUUCAACCUCCCGGCCCCGACUCCGGGCUGUCCCCGGGGAGGUGGCUCCGGCAGGUGCAGUCUCCCUGGCGGGGCGGGGCCGGGGCUCCGCUCUGCGCUCCCGUGGUCCUGCUAAGAAGCCCGGCGGCAGCAAGACCGCUUCUCCGGAGCCGCCAAGCUGGAGUUGGAACUGGACCUCCGUGGGGCCAGGGCCCCGGCUGCGGGGCAGCGGCUCAUCCAGGCCGAGGCCCCCGCAGAGAAUGAGCCGGAGGCAGUGGCGGUCUCCCGGCAGAGCGGCCGGGCCGGGAGCAUGCUGCGCUGGUUCACCACCGGGAUCCUGUUUGCCUCCUUCCUGGGAUUGGGAAUGAGUGUUGCUAUACUUGGACCCACGUUUCAAGAUUUGGCAACAAAUGUGAACCGAAAUAUCAGCAGUCUGUCUUUAAUUUUUGUGGGCCGUGCCUUUGGAUAUUUGAGUGGCUCUGUGAUUGGUGGAGUUCUUUUUGACAUAAUGAAUCAUUUUUUACUUUUGGGAGCGUCAAUGUUGGUGACCACCGUUGGUCUUUAUCUUGUUCCUUUCUGCAAGACGGCAGUAUUACUGAUUGUCAUGAUGUCUGUCUUUGGUGCUUCAAUUGGCCUUCUGGAUACAGGUGGUAACGUCCUUAUCUUGGCUCUCUGGGGGGACAAAGGAGCCCCACAUAUGCAGGCCUUACACUUCUGUUUUGCCUUGGGUGCCUUUUUGGCUCCACUGCUAGCUAAACUGGCAUUGGGUACGGCAGUGCCUGCUGAAAACCACACAGAGUUUGACUAUCACCAUCCUACACUCAACCGAUCAUCUGAAGCUGACUCAGAAUCUCUGUUUGGAAUACCUGUUGAUAUGAAUUUACUGUGGGCUUAUGCUAUUAUUGGUACCUAUAUUUUAGUGGUCUCUAUCCUUUUUUUUGCUCUGUUUUUAAAGAAAUACUCAAAGCGGGAAAAAGCAAAAGCAUCUGUUCAGACAUUUCGUAGAGCUAAGUAUCACAACGCUCUCCUUUGUCUCCUUUUCGUGUUCUUCUUCUUUUAUGUUGGAGCUGAGGUAACAUAUGGCUCUUACGUUUUCUCAUUUGCAACCACCCAUGCUGGCAUGAGAGAGAGUGAAGCGGCUGGCUUGAACUCCAUCUUCUGGGGCACCUUCGCGGCCUGCAGGGGCCUGGCCAUCUUUUUUGCUACAUGUUUACAACCUGGAACCCUGAUUGUGUUGAGCAACAUUGGCAGCCUGACUUCAUCUUUAUUUCUGGUGCUUUUUGACAAGAGCCCAAUUUGUCUCUGGAUAGCAACUUCAGUGUAUGGGGCCUCAAUGGCAACCACAUUUCCCAGUGGUGUUUCUUGGAUUGAGCAGUACACAACCAUCCAUGGCAAAGCCGCAGCAUUUUUUGUAGUCGGUGCUGCCCUGGGAGAAAUGGCUAUUCCUGCAGUAAUUGGAAUUCUUCAAGGAAAAUAUCCUGAUUUGCCGGUAGUUCUGUAUACCUCUUUGGGGGCAUCAAUAGCCACUGGUAUUUUAUUUCCUGUGCUGUAUAAAUUAGCCACUUCACCUCUUGAUCGCCAGCGAAAAGAAAAUAGAAAGAGUGAGGACCAGAAAGCUUUGCUCUCUAGCUCGGGGCUAAAUGACUAUGAGGAUGAGAAUGAAGAGGAGGAUGCAGAAAAAUGGAAUGAAAUGGAUUUUGAAGUGAUUGAAAUGAAUGAUACAAUGAGGCAUGCUGUGAUAGAGACAUCUAGAAAUAUUCUGAUGGAGCCCACAGCUGAAGUCUCCAGCCAGUCCCUCUCAAAUGCACUGGUGUUUGAGUCGUCUCUCGUUGAUACUGGCAAUUCCCCUGUGAAGCACUUGCCAGAAACCAGGACAAAAGGGACUAACGAUUAGAGAAGAUGGAUUACUUGCUGACAUCCUUGAAUAAUCACCACUUCUAAAGAGGCCAGUCAAAGCAGAGCAUCAGCAGACUUUCAACAUGCUUUGGGGAUCGAAAUUUCUGUGUCUGCUUAUAACAAAUGCUAAAAAGUUUUGAAAUGUUCUGUAAUUCGCAGAGGCUUCCAUAAAUAUUCAAACGGUCUCGUACA